AUGGAAAAGUUUCUCAUUGUGAAAGACGUUACCCAUAAAGUGCGUCGAUUUAAUUUGAGCGGUCGCACAUUGGAGUUCAAAAUAAAACCGGUACCUAAAGAUACCGAACCUGUACAUUGGGUUAGAAAUGCGAUUUCGCAACUUGUAAAUAGGAGUGUAGAAGAUUUGGAACCUCAGGAUAUGGUCGGUUUCUCUUUCUGCUCUAAAGAUUUUAAGAAAGGUGAGGGAUGGUUGCGAUUCAGGCAGGCUAGCGAAGUUACUAUUAACGAUAUAUGGGAUACUAUAUCGUCCAUCUACCAGUCCAACUCCUGUGGUUUGAACACUGAGACUUUCUGUUUUCGUAUAACAUCAGUGAGGUUACCUGCUGGUUCCGGAAGAGGGCGAAAAUAUAAUAACUUUAGUGAGGAGUGUGCUAUGAGGAACGGUAUUGUGGUAAUUAAAAACCACGAUAAGUUAUGCCUGCCUCGAGCCAUAGUGGUCGCAAUGGCUCUUAUUGAUAAAGUUUCUGAAUACAGAAAGAUUCGCUGUGAUAUAGGAAAAAUACAAACACUAAAAGCCGUUCAAUUACUAGAAGAUAGUAAAAUAAGUAUUCCUGAAACGGGAGCUAGUAUAAAUGAGCUGCAAAAAUUUCAAAGCUAUCUGAAAGGUUACAAACUCACAGUAUAUCUUUACAGCAGAAAAGGUCGUGAUGUAAUGUUCGAGGGAAGUGAAGCGGGUAAACACCUCAAUUUAUUGUAUCACGAGGGGCACUUCAACGUGAUCCGCUCGUUAACUGCAGCAUUUUGCUGCAGUUAUUAUUGUGAAGAAUGUCACGUACCCUUUGAACAUAAAACCCAACAUCGUUGUGGGGGUACGUGUCCAGCAUGUCUACAGUCACCAACAUGUAGCACAGAACAGUUAAAGAUUAGAUGUGGUGAAUGUUUGAGAGACUUUCGAGGUCAGAACUGCUUUGACAAUCACAAGACACAUAAUGUCUGCAUGAAAAUUAAACGAUGUGAAAAGUGUUUUGCUAUAUAUCGCAAUACCAGGAACCAUAUCUGCGAAGAAGUUUUCUGUAAAACGUGCAACGGCCAUGUGAAUAAAGAUCAUUUGUGCUACAUGCCUAUAGAUACAGGUUACCCAAAAAUCAAAGACACGCUUUUUAUUUUUUACGAUUUGGAAACCAUGCAAGAAGAAAUAUUAGAAGAUGGGUCCCUCUUGCAUCAACCCAAUCUCUGUGUUUACAUGCAGUGCUGUGAUAAAUGUAUAGACGAAAAGAAACUUUACUUUUGCCAAAAGUGUGGUUUUCGACAAAAAGUAUUGACUGCGAAUGUAAUAGCCACUUUUAUGGGGUAUAUUUUAACUAUGAGGAAGAAAUUCAAAAGCAUAGUAGUAAUAGCCCACAACGCCUCUGGGUUUGACGGUCAGUUUAUUUUAAACUACAUCAUUACACACACAGAUCUCACACCGGAGUUAAUAAUGCGGGGAACAAAGCUGGUGACAAUGUUAUUGGAUAACGUCAAAUUUCUAGACUCACUGAAUUACUUUCAAAUGGCGCUAAGAAAACUGCCGCAAGUUUUCGGUCUAACUGAGCUAAAGAAAGGAUAUUUUCCACAUCUGUUUAACAGGACUGAGCACCAAAACUAUGUGGGUCCUAUACCAUCAAUAGAAGCUUUCGAGCCGGAUAAUCUUAUUCGAGCUGAAAGGGAAGAGUUGAUAAAAUGGUAUUCCGAAAGAAUAGCUGAAAACUACAUUUUUGACUUUAAAAAAGAGCUUGUAGAAUAUUGCAUAUCGGAUGUGAAUAUAUUGGCACAGUCGUGUCUCAAAUUGAGGAAGCUAAUGAUCGAGGAGGGAAAUGUCUGUCCGUUUAUCGAUAGCGUUACGCUACCUGGUGCUUGUAAUAAAAUAUUCCGCAGGAACUUUUUAAAACCAAACACCAUAGGACUUAUCCCAAAAGGGGGUUACCGGUUUCGUGAUAAUCAAUCCGUAAUUGCUACACGAUGGCUAUUAUUAGAGGAGCGCUCUCGAGGAAUUAACAUAAUACAUUCUGCCAAAAAGAAGGAAGCUAGGAUAGGUGGUGUUGAAGUCGACGGUUAUUGUGCCGAAACUAAUGAAGUGUUCGAGUUCCACGGUUGCUAUUACCAUGGCUGUCCAAAAUGCUUCAAACAUAGCAGAAACGCACCUCUAAAGGAUAACCCUGCAGAGACAUUAGCAAAAUCGCAUAGAUUGAAGGAGUUGGGUUACAUCAUCACCGAAAUGUGGGAGUGUGAUUUCCGACGUCUACUGACAGAGGAAAUGUUAAGUUAUACGGAAGCACACCCUCUAAUGUUGCAUUCACCACUAAAUCCGAGAGACGCAUUUUAUGGUGGCCGAACCGGAAAUGCAAAAUCUUUCUAUAAAGUUGAACAAAAUGAACAAAUAAAAUACGUCGAUUUUACAUCCCUGUAUCCGUACAUUAACAAAAAUGGAAAAUACCCCCUGGGUCAUCCUAUCGUUCAUACUUCUGAGCAGUGUAGCAAAUUAAAUCUGUAUACCACAGAGGGAAUAAUGAAGUGUAAAAUAUUACCACCACAAGCAUUGUUCCACCCAGUGUUACCCUUAAAAAUGAAUAACAAAUUAAUGUUUGUACUUUGUCGCGCAUGCAGUGAAAGUUUCAAUCAAGGACAAUGUGAACACAACGACAACGAACGAGCUUUAACAGGUACCUGGGUAAUUGAUGAAGUCAGGAAGUCUGUCGAAAAGGGAUACAAAAUCUUGGAAACGUACGAAAUAUGGGAGUACCGCACAGAACAGUAUAACAGAGAGACUAAAACUGGCGGUUUGUUUAAUGAUUACAUAAAUAAAUUUUUGUGUAUUAAACAGCAAAGUUCCGGAUGGCCAACAUCGUGCAAUACAGCUGAAAAGAAAGAUGAAUAUAUUAAAGAAUAUUUUGAAGUCGAAGGUGUUCGGUUGGAUCCCUCAAAAAUAGAAAAGAAUCCAGGACUCCGACAAUUAGGAAAAUCAGUUAUUACUUCGUUUUGGGGAAAACUAGGUCAGCGCGAGAACCAAACCGAUAAAUGA